GCAAAUAUCGCCGGGUCCGGAAAUCGAACCCGCGACGGCCGCGUCGAGGACUCGAGGCCUCCAAACGUGGGUCGCGCUGUCCCAUACUACGCCGCCACAGGACGCCCCAGGCAGGCUUUAUUGACACGAGGUUAGAGUGAGUAGGUCCUGGGAGGCGCGUGUGAAGAUAAAGCUGAAAUACGAUCAAUAUUUUCGUCUGGAAAAUAUCUGAACAAUGAAAUGAGAUGACAGGGGAGAAGAAGGCUGAGCUGUCACAGUGAUGGAGGGGCCCACAGAGGACAGCCUGUGUGGCAAAUGGAGAAACGGCUGCAGAUUGGACAGAAACAGGCUGAAGGACAUUUUCUCAUGCCGGCUGCUGAAGACCAUCGCCAUGGGCCAGGUCCUGUCCCUGCUGAUCUGUGGGACGGCGGGCAGCUGUCAGUACCUGGCCGAUGCCGGGGUGGAGACGCCCAUGCUGCAGAGCUUCCUGAACUACGCCCUGCUGCUGCUCACCUACACCCCUACCCUCUGCAUCCACCGAGGUGACGCCAACAUCCUGAAGAUCCUCAGAACCAAGUGGUGGAAGUAUCUGUUGAUGGGUCUGGCCGAUGUGGAGGCAAACUACAUGGUGGUGAAGGCGUAUCAGUUCACCACCCUGACCAGCAUUCAGCUGCUGGACUGCUUCGUGAUCCCGGUGCUGAUGGUUCUCUCGUGGAUCUUCCUGAAGACGCGCUACAGGCCGCUGCACUUCGUAGCCGUGGUGGUGUGCCUGUUGGGGGUGGGGGCCAUGGUGGGGGCUGACAUCGUAGCCGGGAGGAACCAGGGAUCCGAAAGUGAUGUGGUUCUGGGUGACGGCUUGGUUCUGCUCAGCUCCGUGCUCUAUGCUGUGUCCAACCUGUGCCAGGAGCACACGGUGAAGAAUCUGAGCCGGGUCGAGUUCCUGGGAAUGAUGGGACUGUUUGGGACUCUGAUCAGCGGCGUGCAGCUGGCUGCACUAGAAAUCAAUGCUGUUAAAGCGAUAAAAUGGGAUCUUUACGUCUUCAUGCUGUUUGCGGUCUAUGCCCUGUGUAUGUACGCGCUGUAUAGCUUCAUGCCGGUGGUGGUGAGGCUGACCAGCGCCACGGCCGUCAACCUGUCGCUGCUCACCGCCGACCUGUUCAGCCUGUUCUGCGGCCUUUUCCUUUUCAGCUACCAGUUUUCUGUGCUGUACAUCGUCUCGUUCAUCAUCAUCACCGUGGGGUUCAUCAUGUUCAACGCCGUGCCGACGCUCUCCGCCGUACCGGAUGGCGCCGGCCCGCGGGCGCCUGACGCCGCUGCCGAUCCAGCCGCCGACCGGCUGCUGGCUGCAGGCGGAGACGCUCAGAGAACCGGAACGGUCGAGAUGUUCACGCCUCUCUGAUGGAACCAGGUUCUGUAACCGAGGCCAGUUGCUGUUACGAGUUACACCGGAUCGUUUUCUGUUCCAAAGCCAGUUUACAGUCCGGGUCACGGACCUUUUUAGUUUUUCCUGUUUCUGAAUCGCUGAAUUAUGUGGCUGUUCCUGUUAAAGAAUAUUCAAUAUUCCUGAUAGGUUUAGCAGGUCGGACCAUCAUUACAACCUGACUCUGUUGCUCUGUACUCCUCAUUGCACCAGCAUGUGGCCCCGUCUCCCCUUCCUGCCUCCAGUAAACUAACCAGUACAGAACCAGUGAGCUGAAGCUGUUACACAUUCAUUAGUCUUUAUUUUUGUAGUUCCAUAUUAGACUGAGUCUCAGAGAUAAAACUGUUUUUAAAAUUCUCCAGUCUGCUGAUUCUGAUCUCCAUGCAUAAAAUAUAAACCAGAUUCCAAGCUUUAAUCAAACAAAAUAAAAUAAUAUUUUAAUAACUUCUUUAACUAUUCCUCUUGUCUUAGCGGGUGCAGAAAGGUAAAAGUUUGUAUUUCUCUGGACUAUUUCUACAUAAUCACGUUUCUUACAGUAGACUGGGUAAAUUAUUGUAAAAUAACUUUUUAAUUUUUGCCUUAAAAUGGGUGAAAGCUGAUUUCAGGUUGUUACUAAACAUCCUGAAGGACUCGAAUACUUUUACCUCCAGAAAGUGAAAUACGACCAAAAAUGAAACAAAACCGCAAAUAUUUGAAACCAUCUGAAAACUUCCCAAAUAUUAAUUUAGUUUAAUACGGAUAAACUGAUACGACCGGACUGAUCUCAGUGUCUGAUGGAUGGUAAUCAAUACUUAAUAAUAUUAUAUUAACCUUUAUUUUAUUUUAGAGAUGCAGCGAUAUCCAGAUUUGUGCCAAUAUGAAUAUCUGAUAUUAAAACAACAACAACUGUUAUAUUGCCAACAUCUGAUAUCGGAUAUAUUUAUCGCCUCUUCUGACCUCAUGAAUACACAGCCAUCCUGCUUCAGUUUAACAUCCCAGAAUCCUUUGCUGCAUCACGACGAGUCACGUGAACAAGCCCCGCUCCUUCAUGUGACACAAACAAUAAAUAAAUAAAUAAAUUUCAUCUGUUUAUUGGCCCAGUUUCACUCAUCGAACCGAUACGAUGCGUUACAAAAUGGCCGAUCAGCCGAUACUGAUGAUGUUGACAUUGAUAUUUUGGAUGUUCCUAUUCUUUUUAUAUAUAUAUAUAUAUAUAUAUAAAUGAUACUGAUAAAUGGUGAACAUCGUCUGAUGCCAAUAUAUGGUGCAUCCCUAAAGCUUUCCAGUUGGACUUCAGCCAGUCUGUAUGUUAUUUUUAACUCUGAGCUGCAUUUUACAUGAAGAAACACGUGAAUGUUUACCUUCUGCAGCUUUUUAUGGUUUUUAUUUUGUGAGUCAGAGCUGAAACUUUGUCCACCAAGUGUCCUUUUGUUUCAACUGUGCAUCCAUAGAUUGAAGCUUCGCCACCUGAGGAGGAGAUUAAAUUAAUUUACUGUAAAUAUCUGGGACUGGAUGUAAAAGAGUCUGUCGUCUAAAUACCAAAUUAUUUGCCUUUUGUUGUCGUUACAAGUUCUGUUGUGUUUUGUUAUCAAUUGACCAAAGAUGAAGAUGCUGUACAUGUUACCAUGCCGUCACAGUUUACUGUUUUAUUAAUAAAUUGAUUUAUUUUAUGAAA